UUGUGCAGCUGUGCAUUCGACUCUCGCAUUUGGCUGUCGACGAAUGUAGUUCGAGGUUCGUUGUUCUCUCAUUCUGCAGAAGCGAUUUUUCUUCUAAAAAGAACCGACAAUGGCAUCUCUCACGGGUAUCGUCCGCCUUUUAACGAGAAAUGCUGUGGUUGUGGGCAAAUCUUAUCGCUCGGUGGCUAACAGGACCGCCGUGACAUUGUCGGCGAACCAUCGGGCUACCCUCGUGGCGACAGGGGACCGAAUGCCUCAAGUUAUUUUUCAGGUGAAACCCGCUUAUCAACGGCGCUACGCGACUGCUGUGAAGAAGACAUCUAUCAAACAACUCGAGGAACGUGUGCUCAAAGUUGUUGCUGCGUACGACAAGAUUUCUGCUGACAAGAUUCAGUCGACAACGGAACCACGGACCAAGCUGGUGCGCCAAUACUCUGGGGGAGUGCCACAUACACUCGAACUUAUCCAAGACCGUGUCCUUCUUGUACUGAAACUAUAUGACAAAAUUGAUCCCUCAAAGUUGGAUCUAAAUUCCCACUUCAUCGAGGAUCUUGGACUGGACUCCCUCGAUCAUGUUGAGGUGAUAAUGGCGAUGGAAGAUGAAUUUGGUUUUGAAAUACCAGACAAUGAUGCGGAACGAUUGUUGCGGCCAGCAGAUAUAGUCAGAUACGUUGCAGAUAAGGAAGAUGUGUACGAAUAAGCUGUACCCUGCAUUUGGCAAUUUAACCAUAGUUGAAUUUUACACUCGUCAUUGGGCGGAGCCUCGUGGUAUAAGUCGAAACAUUAUGCUGGUUACGCGAGCGUUGUGCUAAUCCUGUAUAUAGACGAAUGGCCAUUACAUAAAUAAAUCAUAUUACAAAUUUA